AUAAUCAAUAUCCUACUCUAGAAGAAAAAGAACAAGUAAAACAAAUAAUUGUUGAUUAUUCUAACCCACAAAAAGAAUUAGAUGAAAAAUUAGGUUUAGCUAAUAAUAACUUUUUUGGUUCUUUGGAGCCUUUGGCGGGAUUAAAUAAAUUAAAAGAAUUAAGUAUUAGAGAUACUGAUAUUGAUUCCGGUUUAGAGUAUUUACCUGAUAGUUUAGUAACCAAACUUCCUAAACUCAAUCGAGCAAAACUCCAAGAGCAAAUUAAAUUUUUAGAAGCCGAAAAAGAAAGAUUAACCAAAAGAAUUGUCACUCUUGAAGAAUUAACAGUUGAAAACCAAAGACUAAUUAAAGAACAAAAAGGCAAGAUAGUUAAUGAUUACCUACUCUUUACCGAAAACGAAGAGCAAAUCCUACAAGAAUUAAUUGAAGCCCACAAGGCAUAUUUUCAAGCCAAGAAGCAAAAAGAAACAAAUGUGCUUGAACUUCGGAGAAAGUAUGAUAAACUAUACUAUAAAUUAGAAAAUGAAAACUUCACUAGGUCAGAAAAAGAAAAGUCUUUGGUUAAUGAAAAAUUAAUUGAAGAAGCAAUUGUCAAAAGCAAACAAAGUUUAAUUGCUGAACAACAAAACCAAAUCAGAGAAAAUAAUCUUUUACUUG